CCCAACCCCUUUUUGCACCCUGUGCCCCACUGCCAGUUGCAAGAGUUGGUCUUGCUCUCUUCUGGGUGACGCGGAUUGGAAAGGGUUCUCCAUACUUUUACCUAUUUUGUUUUUUUUUGCUGGCACUUUUUUACUUGUAAAAAAACUGUGAAUACAUCUACAUUAUCUUAGAGAGGAGCCAUGAAGUGGACCUGGGUGCUUGUGGCAGUCUUGCUGUCCUUUGGGGGGCUAUCACUGGGAAAGGAGAGCUUAGACUUCCCAGAGUAUGAUGGCAAGGACCGUGUCCACGACCUCAAUGCCAAGAACUAUAAGUCUGUGAUGAAGAAGUACGAUGUUAUGGUGGUGUACUACCAUGACCAUCCCGGAUCCAGCCGCGUCGCCCAGAAACAGUUUGAGAUUGAGGAGCUGGCCCUUGAGCUUGUAGCCCAGGUCCUGGAUGAGUUUGAUGAUGAGGAUAUUGGAGUCGGCCUCAUUGAUGCAAAGCACGACAAAGUCGUUGCAAAGAAAUUAGACCUUGAUGAGUCCGACAGCGUCUACAUCUUCACAGACGAUGAAGUCAUAGAAUAUGAUGGCGAGUUUGCAGCAGACACUAUCGUGGAAUUCAUCUAUGAUGUUCUUGAGGACCCAGUGGAAAUUAUUGACAAUAGUAGGGAACUGAAAGGCUUUGAAAACAUCGAAGAGGACAUCAAACUGGUGGGCUACUUUAAGAGUCACAAGUCAGAACAUUUUGAGGCUUUUGCCGAUGCUGCUGAAGAGUUCCAUCCUCACAUCAAGUUCUUUGCCACAUUCAGUCCCAAGGUUGCCAAGGCUCUGGAGCUGAAGCUCAAUGAGGUGGACUUCUAUGAACCCUUCAUUGAUGAUCCAGUGGUCAUCCCAGGAAAACCUUACUCUGAAGAGGAGCUGGUGGAAUUCAUUGAAGAUAAUGACAGACCAACCCUGAGGAAGCUGCAGCCACACAACAUGUAUGAGAUCUGGGACGACGAUGUUGAAGGUGAACAUAUCAUUGCUUUUGCAGAGGAGUCUGAUCCAGAUGGUUUUGAGUUCCUUGAGAUCCUGAAGGAAGUUGCUGAGGAUAACACAGACAACCCUGACCUCAGCAUUGUCUGGAUUGACCCUGACGACUUCCCCCUGCUUCUGCCACACUGGGAGAAGACUUUUGGAAUUGACCUGUCCUACCCACAGAUUGGUGUUGUUGAUGCUGGUGAUGCUGACAGCGUGUGGAUGGACAUGGAUGAAGGUGACGACUUGCCAUCUGUAGACGAGCUGGAGGACUGGAUUGAGGAUGCUCUGUCAGGUAAAAUCGAUCCUGAUGAAGAUGACGACGACGACGACGACGACGACGACGACGACGACGACGACGACGACGACGACGACGACGACGAUGACGACGACGACGACGACGACGACGACGACGACGAUGACGACGAUGACGACGAUGAUGACGACGACGACGACGAUGACGAUGAUGAUGACGAUGAUGAUGACGAUGAUGAUGACGAUGAUGAUGACGAUGAUGAUGAUGAUGAUGACGAUGAUGACGACGACGACGACGACGACGACGACGACGAUGAUGAUGAUGAUGAUGACGACGAUGAUGAUGAUGAUGAUGAUGAUGACGAUGACGACGACGAUGACGAUGACGACGAUGAUUAUUAAAUCAUUAAGUCAUAAUUUACUCUUCAAGUCUGACCAAUGCAGUUUCAAGAGUCAACAUCAUUCACUCUGUCAAAUCAUCUUCUUUUGUAACUAGUUCUCAUGUUGAACUCAUUAGUCCAUUUUGAUAUCUCAUGUUGAACUCGUCAGUCCAUUUUGAUAUCUCAUCUUUUCAUCAUCCUCUCUCUGCAUCUCACCAGAAUAUUCCACUACACGUUUAUCCCUUUCCCCUACAUAUUCACUAAUCCUCUAUGUAACAAAGUACUUUCUAAACUAAGAUCCCACAAUACACAUGUGACAGUGUCUGGUACAAUAAAAAAAGAAAUUCUUUCAAAACCUUGCCAUCUACUGCUAUUGAUUUUUAUAUUAUUAAAGUUUUUAUUUUCCAAAGUACUGGAGGAGUUACAAUGUUGUAUGUACUAUGUCUAAGUCCAUCUGUGGAGUCUCUUCCAGUCUGAAUGUGUUUUGUCUGUUCACUUAUUUUCUCGUUUGCCCCAGCAUCGAAACAACUGAAGUCAGACCCAAGGGUGCUAGAAGGCUUUUCUGAUGGGUCUUAUGCUGUACACUGAAAGUGCUGUACAUCAUAUGGAUGUUUUCUACGAUGAUGAAAUAUGACAACAGCCAUAUUCUAUUUUUGUAACAAGAGGAAUUUAACUGUAAAGUCUUAAAUAAAUGACCGCUUGGACAGAAAAAA